CUGUCUGCGACGUAAACAACCACUAAAAGGAACUUCGAGUUCAUAUUUUGCAGUAGUCGGAAGUUUCUUUUCUGGACUUUACUUAUCGCUGAUGGAGCAACACGAACGCAGGACUGUCAACACUUUUGAUGCCCUGAACUUUGUCUUCAGGCGCUGCUCCGGACUCCGAGAAGAGCAAAUGGUUCUGGUCCCGGUGCAUGUAUGAUCCCGUGUUAGGAGUCCAGACGCCGCUUUGUCUCUUGCCAGCCAGCGUGAACUGCCCUGACCCGGUUUGCGGACUGGUUUUCGGUCACCAUGGUUAACCCGAGAGCAUCCGAUCUCAACCCGUCUGUGGGGAUCAAGAUCGUGUCCGCUGGAACCGCUGGAUGUGUGGCGGACCUGGUCACCUUCCCCCUGGACACCGCCAAAGUCCGCCUGCAGAUCCAGGGGGAGUCCCGGCCCACGGGCGACGGCCACAGGAUGAAGUACAGAGGAGUUUUCGGGACCAUCUUCACCAUGUGGAAGACGGAGGGGCCGAGGAGCUUGUACAGUGGGCUGGUGGCGGGUCUGCAGAGACAGAUGAGCUUCGCCUCGGUCCGGAUCGGCCUGUACGACACCAUGAAGCAGUUCUACACCCGAGGAUCUGACAAUGCAGGGAUCGGGGCCCGACUGCUGGCCGGCUGCACCACCGGCGCCAUGGCCGUUUCCUUCGCCCAGCCCACCGAUGUGGUGAAGGUCCGGUUCCAGGCUCAGGUCCGGUUGCCCGAGAGCGAGUCGGUGAAGCGGUACAACAGCACCAUGGACGCCUACAAGACCAUCGCCAGGGACGAAGGUGUGAGAGGACUGUGGAAAGGUUGCCUCCCAAACAUCACCCGUAACGCCAUCGUGAACUGUGCUGAGCUGGUGACCUAUGACAUCAUCAAGGAGCUGAUCCUGAAGUACGACCUGAUGACUGACAACAUGCCGUGCCACUUCACCGCCGCCUUCGCCGCCGGCUUCUGCACCACCAUCGUGGCGUCUCCGGUGGACGUGGUGAAAACCCGCUACAUGAACUCCAGUCCGGGCCAGUACACCAGCGCCAGCAACUGUGCCUUCACCAUGCUGGUGAAAGAAGGACCCAUGGCUUUCUACAAAGGAUUCAUUCCGUCGUUCCUGCGUCUGGGCUCCUGGAACAUUGUCAUGUUUGUCAGCUUCGAGCAAAUUAAAAGAGCAAUGAUCAAGGUCAAAAGGUCGUUGGAGUCUCCACUUUAGUGCGGUGCAACUGUGACCUGGACCUGCUGCAGCCGCAGACUGCAGGGACCAACCCUCCAGUCUGGAACUCUUAUCAGGGACGGUCUCAGAACUGGACUGAGGCGGGUGGGGGGGGUCUUUCAGCCACACGUUUAUGUUGAGUUCAGCUAUGAUUCUUCAGGUUUAAAUGUUGUUUUAAUGAUUUCGGAUGGAACAUCAGACAGGAAGUUCUCGAUGGUGUUCUCAGGAAAGUCCACGCCUCCUCAAAUGUCACUCAUGCACAAGCUACAAGCGCACAGCUAGGCGGCCAUUAAUGGAUGGAUCAGUCGCACCGUUUCCCCUUUUGUUAUGAGUCACUUCCACAUUCCUUUGAAACAGAUAUGUCAGCAAACAAUUUCAAACUUUUGCCAUUGUAAAGGAGACAUUUUUGGCUGCCAGGUCACAAAAGCCGACCUUAAGAAUGAAGCUUUUCAGGUUCUUUGUUUGAUGAUGGUGUUGUGGUUACUGUUAUUAUUGUUAUUAUUAAUAGGUAUUAUGUUUACCUUUGACACUAUUUUUGAACAAUAGAAUAAUGUUACUAAUAGAUAAAACUGGGAGUUGUGCAUAAAGAAAAAUAAAAUCACAAAUUUGACAAAUGCAAUAGUAAUUAUACAUAAUAAUUUUUUUAUGUUUUAUUUCUUUUUUGGGGGGGGGUUUGACGGGAGUAAACUGCUCGCUCUGUAGAAUGUAAAGAAAUAGGAAAGUAUCUAAUUUAAGACUGCUUGUACUUGACAUCCACCUCCACCACUUACGUUGCUGUUUUCCACUGUCUACUCUCCACACCGUGCAUUUAUGGUUUCUCCAAGAAAUGCCCGGUUCUUCAUGCUGUGAAUGGUUAACUUCAGGUUCAUUAUGGAAUGUUUUCAGAAUAAAUG